CCGACACGGCCUCCCUCUUCCUCGACUUUUGUCAACUUUACCCGACAGUCGGUCUUGCCAUGGGGCGAGGAUUCGGCGCACCGCCGCCAGAAAGAGGGGGUAGGUGCCGGUUGGGCCAUGGGCCUGGUUUCUGGCACAGUGUGCAGGCGCCCCGUCGCCUGGCUUUCAUACGACUCAGGUCGCGCCGUCGACGCUUCUGCUGCCUCUGCGAGCUGGGAGGAGCCUGCCCUUGGAGCCCUGCCUCUCUGUCUACAAAAGCGACCUGUUUGGAAACGUAUACUUCUUACUUGUUGGAUCUCACUUGCAAAUAGCCCGAGGGAUCCAGUACCCAUCAUGCCGCCACGCAAGAGCGCCCAGGACCACUUCCGUCAGGGGAGAGCAAGGGGGCUCGAAACAGUGCAACAAGGGGAUCGACGAGUCUGCUGUCUUCAAGCCGCUUACCGCCCAGGCGGCCCGCGCAAACGCACGAAUGCUUGCCCUCUGGGACCAAUACGCUCCAAGAGCAUGCCGAAGACCACCCCAAGCCCCCCUAUAAUGCGAGGUUCUUGAAAGGAUUUUAUGAAAGAGGUUGCAUUCGGCAUUGACGGCGCAGGAGGUGACCCGAAUCCUGCGGAGGGAACUGUAAUGUUGUACUGGAAGCAGUUUACGAGCGGCUGGCGCCGCGAACACGACAUGAUCCCCCGGAAACGUCACGCUCACGGUGACGAAUUACAUCAAAUACGAGUUGCCCGCGGCUCUCAAAAGAAGAGAGUGACCUCCUGUUGGCGAAGGGCAAGCGACAGAGGAGUUUUGGCACAAAGAAUCACUUUCUCCAUCUCGCCUGCCAACUGUGGGAGAACGACUGGUUUUGAGUACGAGAACCCGGCCACGAGGGUGUACGUAUGGGCCGAAUACAUGGCCAUAGUCUGUUCUUCCCCGCGAAUCGGCGAGUAUAUUGAGUCCUCGUCCCGGGCGGGUUCUGGCCGUGGUCUGUUAUACAAGGACAUCCAGAUUUGGCGUGUUCCGCAACGAACACGGCAAUGCGGAGUUUUGCCAUCCAGCUCGUUCGAGACGCGAAGGCCAUGACGGACUCCCCGGAUAAAAGACCCGAACACGCGCUCUACGAGGGGCUAGGACCCAUGCCUCUCGUCUGCAACGCGAUGCUCCCGAUACUGGCCAUCCUGAUGGCGGCCAGGGCGUUCAGGGACUGCGCCACCAUUGAAGACCUUCUGGCCAUAGAAACCACCAGAGGGCGAGAUGAGAUGGUCCGCCUGGAGUGGAAGGAUGAUAUGCUCGACCAGCCCUUGUUUACGAGCACGUCUCAGAGAAGGGCCGGUGGUCAAAUCGAGACGGCGGGGACGCUGAGUAGACGGCUUCAUGCUUUGGGUCUUCGCGCCGGGUACAGCAAGCCACCUACGGUGCACGACUUCAGAGCGGAGGGUUUAUAUUGGAUCAACCAACUCUACUCUCUUGCCCAGAGAAUGAAACAUGCCGGCCACAAAAAACCCGACACCUAUAACAACCAUUUACCAGCCUAAUAACAGCGGCACUGAUGGUCAAGGUAGCGACGUACAAUCCGCCUACAACUGGAGGCACGUCUACAAAUGCUUCAAGGAGGCCCAACGGUGGUGACGCCGAAAUUUGUUUCCUGUGUAACGAGUGGGUCUUCGGCGAACUCCAGUGGAGCGACCACUGCCACUCCCACCUUGCUACUCCCGAGACGCUGCCCGUCCAGUGCGACCCCCUUGUCUACGGUGGGGUACUUGCCACCGCCGGCUACUGCAUAUUCUGCAUGGCCGACCCGUCACUGGCGCCUCCGGCGCGCCUCCGUCAGUUCCUGGACAGGGGCCUGUGGAAAGGACCAUAUCCACGGCCACUAUGAGAGAUACGUGCAGGCUUUCGACGACGGGAAGCCGGUGAUAUGUCCUCAUCCCGGCGCACGAUGCCCCGCCCCGUUCGACUCCGUGAAGCACCUCAAGUUUUCAUCUCUUAGAUGUCCAUUGCCCCGAUUUCAUCAAAGAAACCGAACUUUUUCGAGAUGUUGAGACAAGAGGAGGAUGUGAAACCGCCACCCGCGAAGAGGGUGCGGAAGCGAGGCACUGAGGAGUUCGGCCAGGAAGCCGAGACCAAGGCGGGGUACCAUUUCGGGUUUUCGGUCCGCUUGCAAUCAAUCCUUAUCUAGUAAAAUCUUUAACCCU